AACUGAGGCUGUCCACUGACCAGGAGUUGGGAGCAGGUUUGGCGCCGGCAGGGAGCUCGCAGUGAAAAGGUCCCCGCUGACGUCGCCGCCCAGAUGGCCUUCAGGCUGACCCCGCUGACCCUCCUGCUGCUGCUGCUGGCUUGGGUUGGAGCCUCCUCAGAUCCCAAAGAUACCAGCCACAGACCCACGGAGAGCUUACAAGAGAUAAACAAAGAAGACAAUGCAGAAGAAGAUAUCCCCAGAAAUCUAACCACUGAGCAAACCGUCUCGUCUGCCUUGCUAACAACCACCCAACAGUUCACUCAAACUACCACUCAAGCCACCUCCCAACCCACUACCCAACCCACUACCCAACCAACUACCCAACCCACUACCCAGCCAACUACCCAGCCCCCUACUGAGCCCUUCUGCCCAGUGUCCAUUCCUUCCUGUUCUGAUUCGGACAUUAAUGCAGCUGAGGAAAUGUUGGGGGAGGCUUUGAUAGAUUUCUCCCUGAAGCUCUACCAUGCCUUCUUAGAGGUGAAGGAGGCUGAGACCAACAUGGCCUUUUCCCCGUUCAGCAUUGCCAGCCUUCUCUCUCACGUCCUACUUGGGGCUGGCGACCAGACCAAGAGAAACCUGGAGAACAUCCUCUCUUACCCCAAGGACUUUCCCUGUAUCCACCAGGCCCUGAAGGCCUUCACCUCCAAAGGUGUCACCUCAGCCUCUCAGAUCUUCCACAGAGCAGACCUGGCCAUAAGGGAUGCCUUUGUGAACGCCUCUCAGAGCCUGUAUGGCAGCAGCCCCAGAGUCCUCAGCAACGACAGUGAUGCCAACGUGGAGCUCAUCAAUAGCUGGGUGGCCAAGAAUACCAACUAUAAGAUCAGCCAGCUGCUGGACAGCCUGCCCUCCGACACCCAACUUGUCCUUCUCAACGCUAUCUACCUGAGUGCCAAAUGGAAGACAACAUUUGAUCAUAAAAAAACCAGGAUGGAGCCCUUUCACUUCAAAUCCUCUGUGAUAAAAGUACCCAUGAUGAGUAGCAAGAAGUACCCUGUGGCCCAUUUCAUCGACCCAACUUUGAAGGCCAAGGUAGGGUGGCUGCAGCUCUCUCACAACCUGAGCUUCGUGAUCUUGGUGCCCCAGCAUCUGAAACAACGCCUUGAAGACAUGGAGCAGGCCCUCAACCCCACUGUCUUCAAGGCCAUCAUGAGGAAGCUGGAGAUGGUCAAGUUCCACCCCACUCUUCUGUUGAUGCCCCGUAUCAAAGUGAAGACCAGCCAGGACAUGCUGGGAAUCAUGGAGAAGAUGGAAUUCUUCGACUUCGUUGGUGACCUCAACCUGUGUGGGCUGACGAAGGAUCCGGAUCUCCAGGUAUCGGCGAUGCAGCACCAGACCAUGCUGGAGCUGACCGAGUCGGGGGUGGAGGCAGCCGCAGCUUCUGCUAUCUCUGUGGCCCGCACCUUGCUGAGCUUUGAAGUGCAGCAGCCGUUCCUCUUCCUGCUCUGGGACCAGCAACACAGGUUCCCGGUCUUCAUGGGCCGGAUAUAUGACCCCCGGGCCUGAGACCUCAGGGGGCCAAGUUAGGAGCCCUGCCCCCCAAGUCUUAGCUUCCCCUGUUGCGGCUCUGCUCCUGCUGCUACCUGGACUUGUCCCCAGCUGCCUCCCACCUCAGGUGUCCCCUGUCCACCACCGCUCCCUCAGGUCUGGUGAAGGGACCUGCUUCUAUUACUCCCUCCCCGAGGCUCUGUCAUGCUCACCAAACCACUCUGCAGCUUUUUCUGGUUCCAGUUCACCAGACUACAAAUAAAACCUGGCAGACUGUGA